AUGCCCAACACAGUUACGGACGUGAAAGAUCCUGCUUUUUGGGAGAACGGCCAGUAUCUGUACGAGUGGGACCGCCAACGUGGCGAUAGGUAUACGGAGGCUGCAGAGAAGGCUCAAGAAGCCAGAUGGAAGAGGCUCAUGGCAAACCGGCCUCCUCGGGAUGUCCUUCCGAGGAAGCUCCUCCCCGGUCCUGACCGUAAACCCCCACUCUACCACUAUGGCUUCCCAUACACCGAUCAAUACGCACUAGAUUACGUUCGCCAUAAUCACCUAACCAUGGCUAUUGCAGAUGAAGACAGAGAUGCGGUUGGUGGUCGGACGGUGCUUGACAUGGCUGAUCUCGAUGAUGCGUGGUUAGCAGCCGACAAGGAUAUCCGGGACUUCGCAUCUUCUAUGUCUCCCUUUCUGAUGGUUAAGGACCUCAGUCAGAAAUGUCGCUUUACCCUUAGCAACGGUCGCCCAUUCAGCCUGGAGUGGGACGGUAUUAUCUCUCUGUGGACGAACUACAACUUCGACGAACGAUACGCAUAUUGCCCUGACGACGAGAAAGUCAUCAAGAUUGUGACGGAUGCUUUGGCCGAAGUCGAAGGGCGUAAAUCACUCAAGGCAAAAUGGUGGUUCGACUGGGACAAUAAUAUUGGGCUCUUCAACCUCCAGUGA